UCUCAACCCCAUUCUUCUCCCUUCUCCUCAUUACCUUUGAUGCCCUUACUAACCAUAAACCUAUCAACCUCCUCAAAUACACCCAGUGACUUGGUCUGCACAGUUGUCUGUGGAAAUGAAUUUCACAGAUUCACCACUCUCUGGAUAAAGAUAUAUUUCCUCCUUUCUGUUCUGAAGGGGUGUCCCUCUAUCCUGAGGCUGUACCUUCUGGUCCUAGACUUCCCCCACUAUAUGAAACAUCUUGUGAAGGAACACAGCACAGGUGCAGGCUGAAAUCCAUUUGCCGCUCCUUAGCCCACUUACCUAACUGAUCAAGAUCCCCCUGUAAUCUAUGAUGACCUUCAUUAUCAACACCACCACCUAGUUAGUGUCAUCUGCAAACUUGCCAGUCAUGCUUGUGCAUUGCCAUCUAAACCAUUUAAAUAAGCAAGGAAUAAAAGGGGGUCCCAGUAUUAACCCCUGCGGCACACUAGUCACUGGCCUCCAUUCCAAGAAACAACCUUCAGCCACCACCCUGUGCUUCCUACUUCCACGCCAACUCUGAACCUACCAAUCUAGCUCUCCCUGGAUUCCACGGGACCUAACCUUCCAGAGCAGCCUGCCAGACAGGACGCUUUCAAAGUCGUUCAAACCGCCAAGCAGAGGAUGAGUUGGUGUUCCUCAGCUUGGGUCAGACCUGUUGUGUUGGGGCAGGAUGCCACAGGGAGGGAGAUAUCAUGGGAUAGGAAGUAUGGGAUAAGUGGUGGACAACUGGAACCUCGGGGUCAUCCCUGUGCACCGACCAUGGGACGUGAACAGUCAUCAGCAUUUGGCUGGACGAGACAUCUCGCUGGGUCAGGAGUCAUAUGGAGAGACUGGGACUGCUGGCUGGCGUUGGUGAUACCGCACCUGGAGUAUUGUGUGCAUUUCUGGCCACCCAGGAUGGGAUUAAGGCCAUAAAAACAUGGGAGUAGAAUUAGUUUGUUCAGCCCAUUGACUGUGUUCUACCAUUCAAUCAUGGUUGAUUUAUUUUCAAGAUUGUUUAAUGUAAUUUCCAAUACAUGAGUGUAAAGGAGAAUGAAAUAAUUGUAACUCCAGAUCAGAUGCAGCACAAACAAAACACAAUAAGAUAAGGAAUAAAUAAUUUAAAAAUACACGCACAAUAAAUAUAAAUAUGCAAGAUACAUUGUUUAUCCGUAAAGUGAUGCUGGGCACAGGAGUGUCUGUGCAUAAGGUGACUGACAGGAAAUGAUAAACUAGUGGUGGUUGGGGGUGUAGAACGGUUGGUUAGUGGGUGGCUUCAUUCUGACUUCUCCCCGUAACCUUUGACACCUUUACUAAUUAACUACCCCUCAACUUCUGCUUCAGGUUAAGCUGGAGAGGCUAUAAUAAGAGUCCACCAAAAUGUUAAUGGGACUGGAGAGCAUGAGUUAUGUUACACCAGAAGGCAUACAUUUAAGGUUAGAGGGUUAAGUUCAAAAGAGGUGUGUGAGGCAUUUUUUUUCUUUUACACAGAGCAGUAGGUGCCAGCAUUGUUUGUACUGUAGAGUUCUAUGUUGUAAGCUAGGGAGGGUGCAGAAAAGAUUCAUGAGGAUGUCUUUGAGGAUAGUUUAAGCAAGCUCGGGCUUUUCUCUGGAGCAAAGGGGAUAAGAGAUGGUUUGACAGGUGUACAAGAUAAGAGGCAUAGAUUGAGUGGAUUUAUCCUAGGGUGGAAAUGGCUAAUACAAAAGGGCAUAAUUUUAAAAUAACUGGAUGAAAGCAUAGGGGAUAUGUUACAAGUAGAGUUUUACACAAACGGUGGUGGGUGUGUGGAAUGUGCUGCCAGGGGUGGUGGUAGAGACAGAUCCAUUAAAUGGAGGGCUAUGUGGGAGGAAAGGGCUAGAUUGCUCUUGGAGUAGGUUAAAAGGUUGGCACAAAAUUGUAGGCUGAAGGUCAUGUUGUAUGUUGCAACUGUGAAAGAUGUUGAUGAGAUUACACCUGUAGUGCUGUGUGUAGUUCUAGUCACCUAGCAACAGGAGGGAUGGGAUUAGGUUGAAGAGGGUGCAGGUGAAAAAAAUCACAAGGAUGUUGCCAGGACUGCAGGGCUUAGGAGAAACUGGUCAGGCUAGGACUGUUUUGCCUGGAUUGAAGAAGGUUGAGGGAUGACCCAACAGGUUUAUAAAACCACAAGUGGUGUAAAUAAGGUGGGUGGUCAAAGGGUUUUGGUAUUGGCUUAUUAUUGACACGUACUGAGACAGUGAAAAGCUUGUCUUUCAUACUGUUCAUAAACCAACAGUGGUGCGAGAUCUUAACAGUGUAGAUUGUGAGGCCAAGAAUCCGUCUUAUCAACUGGGGGUGGGGGGGGGGGGGAACCAUUCAGUAGUCUUGAGCCUGGUGAUGUGUGCUUUCAGGCUUUUGUAUCAUCAUCCCAAUAGGAGGGGGUCUUUGAUUAUUCUGGCUGCUUUAUAGAACAGUGAGAAGUGUAGAUAGAGUCCAUGGCGGGGAGGCUGCUUUCCCUGAUGUGUUUAACUGCGUCCACAACUCUGCUGUUAUUUGUGAACCUGUUGCUGUAUCAAGCCGUGAUGUAUCCACAUAGGAUGCUUUCUGUGGUGCAUCUAAAAGAUGAUAAGAGUCAAUGGAGACAUGCUGGAUUUUUUUUCAGCCUCCUUGGGAAGCAGAGGCAUUGGUGAGCUUUCUUGGCUGUGACAUCAACGUGGUUGAAUUAGGACAGGCCAUUAGUGGGUUUAAGGUGAAAGGGGAAUGAGAGAAUAGAGGGACAUCCAUUUAUAACAGAGUUAAGGAAUAAUUUCUUACCACGGGUGACUACAGAGGCCAGGUCAUUGGGUGUAUUUAAGGCAGAGCUUGACAGUUUGAUUAGUCAGGGCAUGAAAGGUUAUAGGGAGAAGGCAGGAGAAUGGGAUUGAGAGGGAAAUGAGUCAGCAGUGAUCAAAUGGCAGAGAAGACACAAUGGGCUGAAUGGCCUAAUUCUAUUCCAAUAUCAUCUUAAAGCUAGCCAGGGCUUCACCCCAAAGCAAGCUGCCCAAUCUGCAGCAGCAACCUGGUUUCACAGGACAGCAAAAGAGACACCUGUGUUUGCACAUAAAGUACAGUGUGCAAAUCUGGCCCCCACACCACUACAAUUACAUGAAAUUUGUUCUGUAGCAGCAGUACAGUGCAGAACAAAAAAUAAAUGAAUAGUGCAGGCUCCUGUAUCAACUCCCCAAUGGUAGUAACCAGAAGAGGAUAUGUUGUGGAUGGUGAGCAUCUUUAGUGAUGAAUGUCACUUUCUUCAGGUGCCACUGCUUGAAGAUGUCCUCAAUGGUGAGGAAGUUGUGCAUGUGAUCGAGCUGGCUGAGUUUACUCUGCAGCCUCUUCCAAUCCUGUGCAUUGGAGUCUCCAUACCAGACGGUGAUGCAACCAGUCAGAAUGCUCUCCACGGUACAUCUGUAGACAUUUGUUAAAAAUCUUUGGUGACAUGCCAAGUCUCCUCAAACUCUUGAGUGAAGUAUUGCCACUAGCUUUGUGAUUGUAUCUACGUGUAGGGCCCAGUGCUCUAAAAUGUUGACGUCCAGGAGCUUGAAGCUGCUCACUCUUAUAGGAAGGAUGUAGAUGUGCAGGGGAGGGGGGGAGGGUUUGGAGGGAUAUUCACCAGGACAUUGUCUGGAUCCAUGGACAUCGGUAAUAGGGAGACUUCAGAUGUGGCAGGGCUCAUUUCCUUUGGAGUGAAUGAGGCUGAAGGAAGAGAUCAUGAGGAGCAUAGAUUGGGUAGAUUAUCAGAAUCCUUGUUUUCUUGGGGUCCAUAUCCAUAAAUCCCUCAUGACACGCAAGUUGAUUGGUUGGUUAGGCAUACAUAUGAUGCAUUGGCCCUCAUCAGUCGGAUUGAGUUCAAAAGCUGCAGGGUAAUGUUGCAGCUCUAUAAAACCUUGGUUAGACUACACUUAAGGCAUUGUGUUCAGUUCUGGUAACCUCAUCAUAUGAAGGGUGUUUCACCCUCCUCUGAGGGUGCAGAGGAGAUUUACGAGGGUGCUGCCUGGAUUAGACAGCCUGUCUUAUGAGGAACAGUUGAGAGAGCGGAGGCUUUUUCUUUGGAGUGGAGGAGGACGAGAGGUGACUUGAUAAAGGGGAUAAACGGUGCCUUUUUCCCAGGGCAGAAACAGCCAAUACCACAGGACAUCCUUUUAAGGUGAGUGAAGAAAAGUAUAGGGGGUGAUGUCAAAGUUAAUUUUUUUUUUACAUCGAGAGUGGUGGAAGUGUAGAACACUGCCGGGAUGGUGUUAGAGGCAGAUACAUUAGGGUCAUUUAAGAGACUUGGUUUGUUAAAUGGAUGUAUGGAAAAUGGAGGGCUAUGGGUUGUGUCAGAGUGAAGUGCAAGAUUUAACGGAGUAGAUUAUAAGUUCUGUACAACAUCUUGGGCUGAAGGGACUAUUGUGCUAUAUGCUCUGUAUGUUGGGAAAUGGGAUUUCCAGCAGCAGUCAGUGCAAAGACAUAAACAUUCAUAUAAGUGAUAUGGUACAAAAGAGGGAUAACAUGGGUCUGUCCUGAGACCAGCACCUCUACUUUCAUAGAUGUUUGUGUAGAUUUGACAAGUUACCAAACAGAGUCACAGAGCACUGCAGCACAUUAUUUAUUUGUUUGUUGUUUAUUUAUUUAGAGAUAAACACAGUAAUAGGCCUUUCUGGCCCAACAAACCCUGUGCUGCCCAAUGACACUCAUGUAGCCAGUUAAUCUACUAACUCCGAAGGGCUUGGAAUGUGGGAGGAAACUGGAGUACUGAGGAAAAUCGUGGUCAUGGAGAGAACGUACAAACUCCUCACAGCGGCAGGAUGCAGUUGCUGGCUCUGCAAUAGCAUUACUCUUAAUUACUAUGCUGCCCAUAAUACAGCAUGCUCACAACUUACUCGCAUCUUUGGAACAUGGGAAGAAACAGGAGUGUCUGGAAAAAACUUGCAUGGUAAUUGUGAUAACAUACAAACUCCUUACUGUUAGUGUCACCAAUUGAAUUCUAAUCACUGGUGCCACAGUCGAGUAGCAGUUAGUGCAACACUGUUACAGCUCAAGGCUUCAGUUCAAUUUCGAUGUCCUCCCCGUGAACACGUGGGUUUCCUCUGGGUGCUCCAGUUUCCUGCCACAGUUCAAAGACCUACUGUUUAGUAAGUUAAUUGGUCAUUGUAAAUUGUCUGUGGUUAGGCUAAGGUUAAAUCGGUGGGUUGCUGGGUGGUGCGGCUCAUUGCGUUGGGAGGGGCUGUUCAGCACCGCAUCUCUAAACAAAACUUCAUGCUAAGCCCCAACAGUAACAGGCUCUUUCGCCCAUAUAGUUUGUACUGGAUGAUUAUUCUGCUUAGUCCAUUGCACUAUAAGACAUAGGAGCAGAAUUGGGCCAUUUGGCCCAUUGAGUGUUCUGCCAUUCCAUGAUGGCUGAUUUAUUUUCCCACUCAACCUCAUUCUCCUGCCUCCCCAUAACCUUUGAUGCAUUUACUAAUCAAAAACCUAUCAACUUACCCUUAAAAUAUACCCAAUAACUUGGCCUCCACAGCUGUCUGUGCCAGUGAAUUCCCACGGAUUCACCACCCUCGGGCUAAAGAAGUUCCUCCUCAUCAUCUAAAUGGACACCCUUCAUUUCUGAGUCUGUGCCUUCUGGUCCUAGACUCCCCCACGAGAGAAAACAUCCUCUCCACAUCCACUCUAUCUUGGCUUUGAAAUAGAUCCCGAGUGAGGACAGGCCAUAAGCCAUCAAAAGCCUUUAAUUCCUGGGAUCAUUAUUACUAACCUCCUUUGGACCCUCUCCAAUGCUAGCACAUCCUUUCUUAGAUAAGAGGCCCAAACUGUUUGCCAUACUCCAAAUAUAGUCUCACUGGUGUUUUAUAAAGCCUCAGCAUUACAUCCUUACUUUUAAUUAAAUACUAACAUUGCAUUUGCCUACCGUGCACUCACUCAACCUGCAAGUUGACCUUCAGGGAAUCCUGUAGGAGGGCUCCCAAGUCACUUUGCACCUGAUUUCUGAAUUUUCUCUCCACUUCGAAAAUAAUUUACGCCCUUUAUAUCUUCUUCCAAAGUGCAUGACCAUAAACUUCCUGACAAUGUAUUCCAUCUUCCACUCACCUAAUCUGUCAAAGUCCUACAGCCUCCCUGCUUUCUCAACACUACCUGCCCAUCCACCUAUUUUUGUAUCAUCCACAAAUUUGGUCACAAAGCUGUCAAAUGCCUCCUCCAGAUCAUUGAUAUAUUACAUGAAAUGGAGUCUGUUCUAACACUGACCCCUGUGAACACCACUAAUCACCAGCAUCCCCUCUUCCCUCUUUUUGCCUCCUGCCAGUCAACCAGUCUUCUAUCCAUGCUAGUAUCUUUCCUGUAAUACCAUGGGCUCUAUCCUUGCCUGUCAUUUCCUCAAAAGAAUUCGGAUAGAUAGACAAGAUUUUCUCUUGACCAAUGUGACUUCAGCCUUAUUUUAUCACAAGACCAAUCACUGGAUGUGGUAUAUUGUGAUUCUGUCCCAUUGAAGCUACAUAAGGGAAUAUUUCUGCUACAUGGUUAAAAGUGUAUCCCUGCUAUUACCUGUAAGGACACAUCUGUUGGUUAACCUUCUGGUUGGUUGUAUAUUCAUGGAGCCAUCCUCAACACUGCAACAAAAGGGUUAUAUGGUGGGUGUAUGGAGUUUGCACUCGGGUCUUUAGAAUAAAGACCAGUAUUAAAUAUUCAAAUGAAUUCUGCUAUUUGGGAUGUGUCACAAUUAUAAAUACGUAAUUCUGUAAAUAUACAUGACUGUAUUCCAAAUGUUAAAGUAGAUGAUUAUAGCAAUCGAAACUGUUGUUGAUCGUUUUUAAUCUUUUUUUGUUGUAGUAGUAGUAUAAAACAUCGUAAACACUGAUGAAGGGUCUCGGCCCAAAAUGGCGAUUGUUUAUACGGUAUUCCUUUUCAUGGAUGCUGUAUUUCGUGUGUUACGUUAUAAAAUAUCGUGUCAGGAAAGUGACUCGCUCUCCUGAAGGUUUGCUGCGUUAAGACUUAUAUUUCCCAGUUAGAGCUUCAUUUUGGCUCAGAACAGUUAUAAUUUAACAGUCUACAAGUUUGUACAAAGGUCUGAGGCACAUACCUUGUCAUGCAAGGUCUGGGGUGUUUUUAUAAUUUAGCAGACAGUUUACUAGUUUGUGCACUGAUAGGAGAUAGUAUAUAAGUAUGGACAAAGACUGGGGCUACAGUUCCAUUUCAGCAGGAUAAUCCGCAACUUUGACAAAAGUGGCGAUGCUGACCACCUGCGGUAGCAGCCCUCCAUCUGUAGGUGAUGCUGUCUGUUGCUCCCAUCCCACCCAACAGCACCGCUCCUCUGAGCUGCUGUCGCCUCUACCCGUGCAGUGACGGUCCUCCGGCCACCUGAGGGCGAGUUCCCGCCUCCACUCCCCUCGGCACCUCCACCCUCCCACCAAACACCUGCGGGGGACCUAUUGACGUCACAAACCUGCGGUCACUCUCGCGAGAAGCGGGCGAGAGCACAGGCUUCUCGCGCUGAGCCCAGGCAGCUGUGAAGAUGGGAGACGACAGACCGUUUGUCUGCUCUGCACCAGGGUGUGGGCAGAGAUUCACCAACGAAGACCACCUGGCCGUCCACAGACACAAACAUGAGAUGACCCUCAAGUUCGGGCCAGGUCGUGAUGGGGUCAUCGUUGCGGACCAAACCCCUACACCCACCCGCUUCCUGAAAAACUGUGAGGAGGUUGGGCUGUUCACAGAGCUGGCAAAUCCCUUUGAGCAAGAGUUCAAGAAGGCAGACGAGGAAGAGUGCAAAAAGUCUCCCCUGGACGUUGUCUUACCCUCAAUUCCAGAGGUUAAGGUCAAGGAGACGGAGCAGAUGUCCCAGGGAGCCAACCGUCCAGAUGUAUCCAUCAACCACCCACUCAUGGAGGGGAAGGACCAUCCCCCAAAGCGACCAGGCAACACAACACCCACAAUUGUAAGGCCAGGCUCACUGCUGUUGGCCUAUGAGUCAGGACCCUCCCUGCAUCCCACGAUACCUUCGCCGACCUCCGUCAUCACACCCACUCCCCCCUCCAACAGAACACUGUCGUCUCCUACUGGACCUGUGCCUGUCCUUCUGCACCUGCCGAAUGGACAGACCAUGCCUGUGAACAUCCCUAGCCCCACCCUGCAGAUUCCCACCGUCAUCUCUAUCGCACGGCCUGGAUCGCUUGUUCCCAACAUCCCGGGAAUCCCGGGGCCAACUUCCAACAACAGUCAGCCCCCGUCUCCCUCCACCCCACCCACGCAGUCGGAGGCCAAAAUGCGGCUGAAGUCGACACUGACCUUGCAUAACCUGCCAAUGGUAAACGGGAACGUGAUUUCCAGUACAAUGAGCACACAGCACAGCCAGAACAGCAACUCACUGCCCACUGCUGUCUCCCCGUCACAAACUCAGACUUCAUUGUCACAGCCCACUGUUCCCUUGGGAGGGGGCCGGCGAAGACGUGGUGUAGAGGAGGACCCGGAUGAGCGUCGGAGGAGGUUUCUGGAACGGAACCGAGCGGCUGCUUCCCGUUGCAGGCAGAAACGCAAAGUGUGGGUGUCUUCGCUGGAGAAGAAGGCCGAGGAACUGGGACACAUGAACGUCCAGCUACAGAAUGAGGUACGGCUCCUGCGGAACGAGGUGGCCCAGCUGAAGCAGCUACUGCUGGCUCAUAAGGACUGUCCUGUCACCGCUAUCCAGCGACGGACCCAGGAGUUCAUCGAUGACAGCCCGAAGGAGCUGUGUGAGUCUUCAGGAUCCCCCGUGGCCGUGAUCCAGCGGCCCCCUGCUGUGCUUGGGGGAGAGGCCGGAGAUGGGGGGGCUCUGCGGCCAACAGGAAACGGCAUCAACUCCACAACCAUGACCCCCCGACCCAAGACGAGCCCCAGCCCCCACCCUCAUGUCAUCCGUGCUCCUCAGUCCCACCCAGCCGAAAGAUGAUGUGCUGAGGAUCGUGCUCCCCCCCCUUCUCCCCCUCAGGUAGGGUCGAGAGGUGGGAAGGUCACAUCCCCCAUACUUGCAUUUCUGCAGACCCCCCACUGGGUCCUCCUCUCCCUCCCUUGCUAAGGAACUGUCGGUGAAGGUGGGGGGCACGGGCGAUACGUAUGUUGAGGGUCUGGCUGGUGGUCGGCAGCAAGGAGGGUGAGUGGUGGUCUGUGGAAAGGCACAACUAUAUGUCUCCCUCACUUUUUCUCCUCUCAUCUCUCUCCUUGCCACUACCCUUUCACCUCAUUGUACCCCUCUCUCCCUCUCAUUUUCUCCUUCCACUAAGUCUCUCCCCUUUCUCUGUCUGAUUCUGGGAGUGUGUGAUGGGUCAGUGUGGAGGGAGAUUCACUCUGUGUCUGACCCCAGGAGUGUGUGAUGGGACAAUGUGGAGGGAGAUUCACUCUGUGUCUGACCCCGGGAGUGUGUGAUGGGACAGUGUGGACGGAGAUUCACUCUGUGUCUGACCCUGGGAGUGUGUGAUGGGACGGUCUGGAGGGAGAUUCACUCUGUGUCUGACCCUGGGAGUGUGUGAUGGGACAGUGUGGAGGGAGAUUCACUGUCUAUCUGACCCCAGGAGUGUGUGAUGGGUCAGUGUGGAGGGAGCUUCACUCUGUGUCUGACCCUGGGAGUGUGUGAUGGGACAGUGUGGAGGGAGAUUCACUCUGUGUGUGACCCCGGGAAUGUGUGAUGGGACGGUGUGGAGGGAGUUUCACUCUGUGUCUGACCCUGGGAGUGUCUGAUGGGACAGUGUGUUGGGAGCUUCUCUCUGUGUCUGACCCUAGGAGUGUGUGAUGGGACAGUGUGGAGGGAGAUUCACUCUGUGUCUGACCCUGGGAGUGUGUGAUGGGACGGUGUGGAGGGAGUUUCACUCUGUCUCUGACCCCGGGAGUGUGUGAUGGGACAGUGUGGAGGGAGAUUGACUCUGUGUCUGACCCUGGGAGUGUCUGAUGGGACAGUGUGGAGGGAGAUUCACUCUGUGUCUGACCCUGGGAGUGUGUGAUGGGACAGUGUGGAGGGAGAUUGACUCUGUGUCUGACCCUGGGAGUGUCUGAUGGGACAGUGUGGAGGGAGAUUCACUCUGUGUCUGACCCUGGGAGUGUGUGAUGGGACAGUGUGGAGGGAGAUUCACUCUGUAUCUGACCCUGGGAGUGUGUGAUGGGACGUUGUGGAGGGAGUUUCACUCUGUCUCUGACCCCGGGAGUGUGUGAUGGGACAGUGUGGAGGGAGAUUGACUCUGUGUCUGACCCUGGGAGUGUCUGAUGGGACAGGGUGGAGGGAGAUUCACUCUGUGUCUGACCCUGGGAGUGUGUGAUGGGACAGUGUGGAGGGAGAUUCACUCUGUAUCUGACCCUGGGAGUGUGUGAUGGGACGUUGUGGAGGGAGAUUCACUCUGUGUCUGACCCCGGGAGUGUGUGAUGGGACGGUGUGGAGGGAGAUUCACUCUGUGUCUGACCCUGGGAGUGUGUGAUGGGACGGUGUGGAGGGAGAUUCACUCUGUGUCUGACCCUGGGAGUGUGUGAUGGGACAGUGUGGAGGGAGAUUCACUCUAGUCUUUUCCACAUGCCAGAAUGGAAUGUGAAUGGUGUAAAUUUAAAGAGUGAGUGAUUGCCCCUUAUUUCCUUGCAGUAACUAUCAAUGUAUCUCUAAAGCAAAAAUUAUUAUAUGUAAAUAAAUUUAUGUAAAUUUCUAAUACCAAAUGUUAAACAUAGCUGCAUAUAUAUAUGGACAUGUAACCUUGAAACAAAGUAUUCUACAAAUAAACCACAGGAAUGUUUUAGAAACUGUCUACUUGAUUGGUGAGGGGAUCGGUGAGAGAUGAGGGGCGGGUGGGUUGAAGGGGUGGAGUGGUAGGAGGUGGAGAUGUGAUUGGGGAUGGAAUGUGGUUGGGGCAAGGGGAGUGGGUUAAGGAAUGGGGAGAUGGAUGGAGAUAAGGAAGGAGGGAGCUGGGGAAGAAGGAUGGGUGGAAAGAUGGGGACAGGAGACUGGAACAUGAGCAGGUGGUGAAGGACAGGACCACUCGUGCUUAGAAUCGGGUUUAUGAUCACUGAUACAAGAUGUGAAAUUUGUUGUUUUGCAGCUACAAUGCAAAGAUAUAAAAAUUGCGAUAAAUUGCAAAAUAGAUAAAGAAACAAAUACUGAGGAAGUGUUCAUGGGUUCAAGAACUGGUCAGAAAUGAUGGUGGAGGGGAAAAGCUGUCGUUAAAAUGCUUUGUGUGGGUCUUCAGGCUCCUGAUCCUCCUCUCUGAUGGUAGUAACGAGAAGAGGGCAUGUCCGGGUCAUGAGGGUCCUCAGUGAUGGAUGACGCCUUUCUGAGACCCUGCCUCUUGAGGAUGUCUGAGAUGUUGGGGAGGUUUGUGCUUGUGAUGGAGCUGACUGAGUCUACAACCCUCUGCAGUCUCUUGUGAUCCUCUGCAUUGGAGAUUCCACACCAGACGGUGAUGCACCCAGUCAGAAUGCUCUCAUUUGUACAGUUGUAGAAAUUUGCUAAACUCCAACCCUCCCUGGUAUCUGCAGCAAGAGAAUCGAGUUCGGUUACAUUGAGUCACAACCACAGGAACAAUGGUCUUGGCAGAGGAAUCUGAUCCAAAUGGUUUUAAAACAGAACAGUAAACGAGAGAGAGAGAGAGAGAGAGUGGGUGAUGAGGGAAGACUUUUUAUUUCAUUUCCUUCUUCCAAAUAUCACACUUCUUGGUCACACAGACAGUCCAGCUCAGGAGAGUCAGUAGCAGCGUGAUUUUGAAGUUGGAGUGCAGUUCCUUCUCCCUGAGAGUGAGGGGGUGGGGAGAGAUAGAGGGAUUUUGGUGGAGAGCAGGUGAGAGGGGAGGAGAAAGG